CCAAACCUGACACCUGGGGACAGAACUACAGUUCCCACCGAGCCUCGAGGCAGGAGGAAGAAGGGGCACGGAGGGCCAAAGGGAAAACCAGGAGAAAGCUGGCAGAGGUGAGAGAGGCAGACAGGUACGCAACAGGCAGCCAGAGUCAUGCAAUUCUCCAGCUCAGCCAGGGCAGCAGAUGACAACUUUGACUACUUGUUCAAGGUCAUCCUCGUCGGGGAUUCCAACGUGGGCAAGACGUGCGUGGUGCAGCAUUUCAAGUCUGGGGUCUACACAGAGGCACAGCAGAAUACGAUUGGGGUGGACUUCACGGUGCGUGCCCUGGAGAUCGACGGCAAGAAAGUGAAGAUGCAGGUGUGGGACACCGCAGGCCAGGAGCGCUUCCGGACCAUCACCCAAAGCUACUACCGCAGUGCCCACGCGGCCAUCAUUGCCUACGACCUCACCCGGCGGUCCACGUUCGAGUCUGUUCCGCAUUGGAUUCACGAGAUAGAGAAAUACGGAGCGGCCAACUUGGUCAUUAUGCUGAUCGGGAACAAAUGCGACCUGUGGGAAAAACGGCACGUUCUGUUUGAGGAUGCCUGCACACUGGCUGAGAAAUACGGCCUCCUGGCUGUUUUGGAGACGUCCGCCAAGGAGUCUAAAAACAUCGACGAGGUCUUCGUGCUGAUGGCCAGGGAGCUGAUUGCCCGCAACAGCCUGCCCUUGUACUCGGAGGGCGCCCUGAGCAGCCUGCCCCUGGAUUCCAGUCCCGUUCUCACGGUCGGUCCGAGGGAGAAGACCCAGUGCACCUGCUGAGAAUGGUCCCCAGGCUGCUUGCGACCAUCAGGAGCCACCUGAAACCAAGGAUGCGGGAUGAGUAGACCUUGGUCUGCUGAGUAGACUUUGGACCCCAGCAGUGGACUCGCCGCAUGUCCCUACUCCUUCUCGCCUUCGGGGGGCGCACCUUGGCCUCGACUCACACCAAAGGCCAGAGCGCUGACACACAACAGGGGCCCCACUGUUUUUCCGACUUUUCAUAAGACUCCAUCCCCCCCUCUCUCUCCCCAGCCCUUCAGCUGUUUUCUUCUGAACUUUGCUUUUCACUUGAAGAAGAGGGUAGUGGGAGUUCCCAUUGUGGCACAGCAGUUUAAGAACCCAACUAGUGAGUUCCCGUUUCGGCUCAGAAGGUAACAAACCCGACUAAUAUGCAUGAGGAGCCAGGUUCUAUCCCUGGCCUCGCUCAGUGGGUUAAGGAUCCAGCGUUGCCGUGAACUGUGGUGUAGGUCACAGACAUGGCUUGGAUCUGGCGAGGCUGUGACUAUGGUAUGGUCCAAAAAAAAAAAAAGGUGGGUGAAGGAAGAAAAGAGGACUGAGGGGAGGGAAUGUUUGAAACAUUCGGAGGGGUUUAAAGCAGCAGGGGCGUGGGAGGAUGGGGGGAAAGCCUGCAGUGAGAAGUCAGAGGCUGUUAACUUGCUUCCCGAUGUUCCCACUGUGGGCUUUAGUUUGGGAGCAAAGCCUUUGAUCUAAAUACUGUCUUGCCAAGUUGUCAGGAGCCAUGUGAUGGCAAGAGACUCGGAUACACUUUAUCCUAGUUGGGCUGAUUUGACCACCCUCCCGGGAUCUCCCCUCGGAGAUGCCUACGCUUUCUUUCUAAGACACCCGGUUAUCCACUGGAUCAAGUCUUUUCUAAAUUGAAACUAAGGUGGCUCAGAGAUAAACCAAUAGCGACCUGGCUGUGCGGCCACCACGUUCCGUGUUCCCUCUGGAACCUAUGAGUAAUAAACUUUGUUUUUUCAAAGA